AAGAAGACCAAAAAUGGACAAUGAAGAGAGAGUUACAAAGUGGAUGGGAAACUUGGGAAUACUUGCUGUGAUCUUUUCGCUGAGAAAUGUACUAACUUCUCAAGCAGGUGAAGUCUGUCCUUAAGAAUCUAAAUUUCUGCUUACAUGGCAAUGCUGCAUACUUCAGAGAAGAGAACUUGUACACUGAUAACAAGGACAUGGUCAAACAAAGUGCUGCCCCUGGUCUUUACGAGUCACAGGUAAAUAGCAAGAAACAAAAAAUGGACACUCAAUUAUUUUCCCCGUUAUUAGGACCCAUUACUAGUACCCCACCUCCGCUGGAAUCUUCCCGUCUGUUUAGUGACUGGGCAGCAUGUGGAGAGGAUAUUGGCUCAAAAACUUCCUUUCAAGACUGCACAAAGAAAAGGGCACCAAUAAAUCUUUCUUAUUCUGGCAAUGGCCCUGAUAUGUUUGGGCUAGUGUCAAGCAUUUUAGAGGAGCCAAACAAGCCAGAACCAGUCACAGAUUGGAAUUCUCUUUCAAGAUUGUUUCCACCAAUGUGGGCACCUGAUCUUGGAAGCAACGGUGAUUUCUCAGGGCUUUCAUCUAAGCACUCUGUUGAAAGUAAGGAUUUUUCAAACCUCCUGGGCACCCAGAAUUGCCAUCAGGAACAUCUACAGAAGCCUCACGAUGUGGAGAUGUUACACAGAGGUUUGGAAGAUCUUCAUCUCAUAGAGUCUUGGCUUUCCCCAUCUGGCCCUUGUGCUCAACCUGAUAAUAUUCUGAAGAACGGUUAUCCUGAAAAUUCCUCUUUGCAAAAUAACAAUACAAUUCACCAAGAAGGGUUUUCAUUUCAAAAUGGAGAAUAUAAUUUGUGCAGUUACGACCACGUGAAGUUAAAUGGAGACUUUGAAAAACUCUGCUCCAAUUUUAGCACUUUUUCCUCUCAGAACAGAAUGAAAGAAGGCAGUAAUAGUCAGAAAGACUAUUGGAGAACUGAAAAAGCAAGAGGCAAAGCUCUGAAAAGUGAUGCUCAAGAACAAACUAAGUAUUCCCCGGAGCUUUCCAAUCAGCCUGUUGAUGACUCUUGGGAUAAAAUGUCCCAGAACAACCACUUGUUUUCUAAAAGAUAUGAAAACUUCACAGCUGCUCAAAAAUUGCAGCCAACUGUUCAUCCAUCGCUCUAUUUUUUCAAUCAAAGCCCUAAAGAAAGUAAUUUUUCUGGAGGGGCAAACAGAAAACCACAGGAAACCCAUGUGCAAAACGGUCGUCAUGGCUUUACUUUGGGGGAUGCUCUGAACAAUAAUGACUUUAAGAUCCAUGUUAGUCCUAAAGAAUGCUCUCAGAAAGGAUCUGAAUAUGAUUUAUCUGUAAAAAAUGUUAUGCAAAACGGGAGUUACUCGUCGUACCACGGACGUAUGUGGCUGGAUGGGAAAAUUGUGAGUCCCACAUCUGCAUCCGAUGUCCCGUAUGGAAAGCAAGGGGUGACAAGUCCACAGUCAUCUUCAGGGGUUUCAACCAUGUCUGGUGGUUCUCCCACCCAUCAGGCUCUUACACCAUCUUCUUACUACUCCCAGAUCUUACCUGUCCUCCCUUCAAGGAAAGACGGAAGGUUACAAAUAUCAAAUGGGUUUUCUAAUAAUUUGGGAGUUUCUAGUUUUAACUCUGAAAAUCAGAAACAAAUAAAACCCGUUGGGCGAUCCCAGCGCGAGUCGUUGACUAACAAAGAGGGGCAAUACCCUAAAUUCCCCAUUAAUUUCUCAUCUGACUGGUUAACGCAGCAGAACGGUGUAAGUGAAGAUUCUGAAAAAUACCACAGAUUUCCAAAAAAGCAAAUCCAAGAAAACAGUAAUAAAGAUGAUAGAAGAGGCAGAAAGAAUUGGAUUCCUCAUUUUGGGAAUACAACCCCAAACCGGCAGCAGUUCAGUAUGUUCCGAAAAAACCACGAACAGAAUGGUGGGAGCGUGUCAGACUUCCUCAAUCCUUCUCUUUUCCCUCCUUUCCCCCUAAUGUCUGAUUUUAAGCAAAAUCCCAACUUUCCUCCAUUUAAUCCCCACCUGCUUUCAUCAGCAAAUAAUUUCAAUUUUCCUCCAUCGCCGUUUCCGUUCUCAGAACUUGUCGAUCUUUUACAUUACGAUGAUUUUAACCCCUUGAAUCCCUUCAUCAACGAUCUCUUUUGUGGGGAAAUCCCUGCACCAUAUUUUGCCUUUUCCACACCGUUUAACAAGUACAGACCUCCAAGAAACCGCAGCGGCCCCGCUAACGAGCUUCAUACCCGCCUGGAGGAGUGUUAUGAGCAGUGGAGAGCUUUGGAGAAAGAGAGAAAAAAGACUGAGGCUGACCUUGCAAGGAACUUUCCAGGAAAGCGCGUAUCCAGCUCCAACACCACUCCCGUGUCCCGACUUCCUGCCAACCCAUCACGCGUUGAUCGUUUGAUUGUCGACCAGUUACGAGAACAAGCCAGGGUGCUCACGUUGAUAGGAAAAAUGGAAAGGCUUCGUGGUGCCCCUGUGCACGGGAACAUCUCCGCUACCUUGGAACACCACAUGGAAGCCAUUCACGUAACGCAGGCCAGGCGUAAGGAUGAGAUCGUUAAUGCUGCUAAUCCACAGAGACAAGGGGCACCACGAUAUAAUAACGAGAAAGAUGUUCUGGCUCUGGCAGCUGCCAUUAGGGAUUUGGCUGGGUCCACACGCAGGGCUCGUACCGCUCUAUGGUGUGCGUUGCAGAUGACUUUGCCAAAAACCUCUUCCGGCGAUCCGGUGAAACGAGACGUCGUUGAAAGGGCAUUGCAAGAGCUUUGUCCUGCAAACCCAAGCACAGAAGAAAAAAGCAGUGAAAACAAAGGAAGCGAAAAAGAAAAACCUGAGGAAGCCAUGAGGAUUCUGGAAUAAUAGCAAAUAAUAAUAAUAGUAACAAUAAUAAAAGGGAGGCAGAAGGCUGAGGACUGGGAGGGAAGGGCCGAGCGCCCUGCUUAGUGCCAUGGAAGGUGUUUUUGAUGGGUUAUCCACGAGCAAAAGGGUUAAUAUUGCUGAUCAGUGCUGCACUUCUACUACUGUGAUUCUGGUGUUGAGAGACACAUCUUGUGAUAGUGUUAAUGCAAUUUUAAUAUUGCUGGUAUCGCAAUGUCUGCUGCGUAAGAAUUUUAUCGUUAAGAGGAACUAAACAAUAGCUGAGCAUUUCCUUGUGUGCUUCUCCAAAAGCUACGUAUCAGCUGUGAGUCAAGCCAUGACCCGAGAAACCAGAGUGUGGUUAAACUUAAUUCUCCUUUCUUUGUUGUUCAUGAUGCGAUUUAGCAUACUUUAAAAAAAAAAAAAAAUCCAAUUGAAAGGUAUUUCAUAGUUGUUCAGGGGGUUUUUGCACCGCUACGUAGUUCUUUGAAGUGCCAAAGUGAUCACUAAGUAGUUUGUGUCCCAUCUUGCAUCCCAUCCACACUCCUGGAAUGUUGUUGUGACAGGGAGUCGGGUCAUUCAGGUUGUUGUGGACAAGAAUAAUCAGUGUUUCAUGUUGGUUGCGUGAGAUGCUUGGGCAAUUUUGCUGCCAAUUCAGUUUGUAGCUAAACCAGGCUAAACCGAGCUUUUUCUAUAGCAUAGUCUGUUUAAAAUUUUCCAGUUUAAAAAAAAAAAAAAAAAAAAGGAUUUUGUAGACUU